AUGCGAACACUUUCUGCCGUUCUCGUCCUGGCCGGCGUUGCUCAGGUAUUCUUCUAGUUCUGGUCCCAGUUUAGGAUUUGAGGACGAGUUUCAUACGUCUAUGAAAAAUUGGUUACGGUACUUUUAUAUUAAGCUUCAAAAAUAAUUUCAAUAAAAUUCUUCCGAUUCAUUUUGAAUAGGGUUGAAUAGAAAGAAGUUGAUUAAUUCACGAACUUUUUUCCCUCUCUUUUUGCCUGAACAUGAUCUUAUUUCUUGCCGGAGAUUUUCAGGGAUCCAUUUUUUUUUGGUCUUUUUAGUAUCAUAUUUGGAAAAAAGUUCGUAUUUUUAGUUUCAGAAACUUCUGAUUCUUCUGAUAGUUUCAGAAACUUCUGAUACUGUACGGUUUAGCUUCUAGUUGGUAUUAUCGCUCAAAGACAUUUUUUUUCACUUUCUCAAAUUUUUAUGUUUUGAAAGAAAAUUGGACCACCCAAUCCUUCAACUUGGCUCAUGUUCAAAAAAUAAGCCACUGGAAAAGUCUGAUCAAUAUUAUCUCGAUAAAGAUUUUAGGAGUUCAGAAAUUAAAUUCGAAAAAUACUUUUUUUUUUUAAUUUACGAAGAAACAUUUACCGAAGAGUUUACUGAUUGCAUUUCAAAGUCCUGUUUCUUUUUUCAUACAUAGGUAUAUCGAGAGGUCCUACCGGGUAGCUACCUGACAUUCGCGAUUGCUACCGGAAAGUCGGGAAUUGCUUGCCGUGUCGUUAUUUUUUGUUUCAGCUUUAUCCAAUAAGACCCUGGAAAGAUUGGGGAGGUGUAAAAAAACACCGAUGCUAUAUGAACGGCCGAUGUGCGAGCCAGUGGCAAUCGCGAACUUCAGGUACCUACCCGGUAGCAUCCAGAUACCGGUCAGGUACUAUCCAGGUACCAUAAAGAUAGUACCCGGUCGCAUACAAAUGACCACCGAUUACGAUAUGCCGAUUGAUUUGAGUUGCUACCCGGAACCUACUUGUAUUGAGAUCCCGAUUCACCAGUGUAGAAAAGGUUGAAUCGUUUUUUGUUUCUCGAUUUUGAAUUGGAAAAAGGACUGCUGUGUUUUUUUUUUCGGGAACCUAGCGACAAAUCGUAAAAAAUUAUCAAAAAAAUCAGAAAAAAUAUAAAAAAUCCAUCCAUCAUCCUUUUUCGGCUGAAAAAAGACCAAGGGCGCGUGAUGUAAGCUGUCCCCGCAACUCGCUCUCGUUAUCUCUGAUCGCAAUCGUUUCUGAUAGCCGUUCUCAGCUGGACACAGAAAGGCAAAAAGACCAUUUCCCGAGGAUCUCGUUCUUCCUUUACCUAAACCGGUUGAUCGUACGUAAUGAACGGAGAAAAAGAUCCAAGGUGUAAUUUCGAAGUCCCGUCAGCAGGAUUUUUUUUUCACAUUUAAUCAUAGGUCUCUGAAAACUGUAGGGAAAUGCGGGAUGUAUAAUUAGCGUGCAUUGAUGGUUCAAAAAUCGAGGUCUCAUUUUCAAUUGCUUCGAGAAGUUCCUCAAUUUUAUUGAGCGUAAGACUUGAAUAUUUAUAGUUCGCUCCAAGUUUAGAAAAAGUUUUUUUUUUUAACGAUUUCUCAUUUAUCUAGGCCUUCUUCUUUGGCGGCAGCGGGGGAUGUGGCUGUGGAGCUCCUCCAGCUUGUCCACCACCGUCUCCAGCUCCUUCUUGCGGAGCCCAAGCUGCUGUGAGUAUUAUACCCGUUUUUUUCUGAAUCAAAUUUUUGACAAAACGUUUCAACAAUUUAAAAAGCCCGGAAAAGUUCAGGCGGCUCCAAUCUAUGCUGCGGCGCCUACGUCAGCCUCCUACGCUCAGGCUCCUCUCGGCUUCGCACCGGCUCCGCAACAGUUUGCUCCAGCUCCGCAGCCUUUUGCCCCACUUCAGAUGCAACAGAGCUUUGCCCCUCAACAACCUGUAGGAAACUACGGAAGUUUCGUUUCUCAGCAGUCGACCGGAGGCUUCGCUCCUCAACAGCAGCAAGCUUUCCCUUCAAACGCAUACUCGGCUGCCCAGCCUCAGGCUCAGCCCCAGUCUUCCUACUCGACAAACCAAGUUGCCGUGAUCCCCCCGUCUCCUUCCGCCUCGGCCUCGUUCGGCGGAGCGUCGUCCAACAGCUACCAGGCUCCUCAGAAGCGCCACAUCGACUACGAUCGAUUCUACCAAGGCGUUGACCAGCUCGAAGGCUACCGUACUCGUGUCAAGCGAGACGACGAGGCCGUCUUCGACCCCAAGUGCAACUCUGAAGUCCUCAAGACUAUCAUCACCAAGGUUUGCAUUCAAACUAACCUUGUUAACUUGUAGACGUGUAAGGUCUUGCAUGAUUAUUUUGAUUCGUUUACAAAACUCUCCUAGAAAAAUUGAGAUUAUAGUUUCAAGUAGAGAGUAGUUUUUUUCAUAUCAUGAAAAAAAAUUAUAAAUUUUUCGCUCAAAGCGUUUUUGAGAAAAAAAAGGCUAGAACUUUUUUUCGCGAACAUAAAUUUGAUUCGACUAAAAACUUCAUCUUUGCUGGAAAAGUGUCUGUAGGAUGAGUUUCCAAAAGGCUAAGAAAAAAUCAUCGGAAGUUCUGUAUCUUCAACAAAUCGUUCUCGUUAUUUUUUUCAAUCUCAAAAACUAGUGUGAGAGAGCAUUUUUUGAGAAAAAAAAAACGUUUUAUUUGCUUUUGUUUUCAUCCCUUUUUCUGUAACUUUGACUUGAUUUUCCUUUUCCAGAACAUCGACAAGAGCACCGCCAUUUCUAAGCGACAGAUUCAAACUGCCGCCACUGACCAGCUCGGCGGAAGGUUUUAUUUAACCUUUGUCUUAGAUUUCGAGCUCACUUUUCAAAUACAAUAAUUUUUCCUACAAGAAUCAUGUUUCAGAAUCGACGUCAUCUGUUCUCGAGGGACUUUCUCCUACAUCGUCAACACGGAACUGUACUGCGAGACGGAGAAAUUCGGCACGACUUGCUUCGCUUUCCGACAAUCUUCCUAG